AUGGCACAAGCUCCAGGACCAGCUGCAUUUAAUCCAGUGCCUCUCGCAUACCAAACUACCGGAGAUGGCACUUCAGCACCCGAUUGGCUCAACAAAGGUGACAAUGCUUGGCAGCUCACCGCAUCCACGCUUGUGGGACUGCAAUGUGUACCAGGACUGAUGAUCCUCUACGGCAGUGUGGUGAAGAAGAAAUGGGCAAUAAACUCUGCCUUCAUGUGCCUCUACGCAUUUGCAGCAGUGCUCAUCUGCUGGGUUUCAUGGGCUUUCAAGAUGUCCUUUGGAGAACAACUCCUCCCCAUUUGGGGGAAGGCAGGACCUGCUCUGGACCAGAAAUUCUUGUUGAGCCAAGCUGACCUCCCAUCGACAGGAACAGAUUUCUUCCCACCACUGACACCUCUGUAUCCGAUGUCGACCCUCGUUUAUUUUCAGUUCGUGUUUGCAGCCAUCACUCUCAUCCUCAUUGCAGGAUCUCUUCUGGGCCGGAUGAACUUUCUGGCAUGGAUGCUCUUCGUUCCCCUCUGGCUCACGUGCUCUUAUACCGUUGGGGCUUUCACGGUAUGGGGUGGAGGUUUUCUAUUUCAAUGGGGUGUCAUAGAUUAUGCAGGCGGUUAUGUCAUCCAUCUCUCCUCCGGAGUUGCUGGCUACGUUGCUGCUUAUUGGGUCGGCCCCAGAUUAGACAAGGAUCGUAAGAACUUUCCUCCAAACAACGUUCUGCUCACUUUGGCAGGGGCGGGCAUGUUGUGGUUAGGCUGGAAUGGGUUCAAUGGAGGAGCGCCCUACGCAGCCAAUGUUAUCUCCUCAAUGGCAGUACUGAACACCAGUAUUUGUGCCGCAACGAGCUUGCUCGUCUGGACGAGCAUCGACGUUAUUGUUUUUAAACGUCCGUCAGUGAUCGGUGCAGUUCAAGGGAUGAUCACCGGUUUGGUUGUCAUCACUCCCUCCGCUGGUUUGGUGCAAGGAUGGGCUGCCAUGGUCAUGGGAGUGUUUGCCGGGAGCAUUCCAUGGUACAGCAUGAUGAUUCUGGGCAAGAAGAAGCUAUUCAAUGUGGUGGAUGACACUUUGGGUGUGUUCCAUACUCACGCCGUUGCAGGGAGCAUGGGAGGAAUUCUGGCAGGAUUCUUCGCCCAGCCAACGCUGAACAAUCUGUUCCUGUCAAUUCCCAACGAGCGCGGCAUCAUAUACUCUGGCGAUGCAGGUGGAGUCCAUGCCCACAGGGCCGGCAUGCAGCUGGUGAAGCAGAUCAGUGGGGCUGCUUUCAUCAUCGGGUGGAACAUUCUUGUCACCAGCUUGAUCUGUCAGUCCAUCAAGUUGGUGGUGCCACUGCGUAUGUCGGACGCAGAGCUGGCCGUAGGAGACGAUGCAGCUCAUGGUGAAGAAGCAUACGCUCUCUGGGGCGACGGAGAAGUGUACGAUGCAUCACUGCACAGCGCAGAUGGGAUGAAGGAUUACAAAACCUAGAUGAGAAAUAGUCUCAGAUACUGUCCACUCUCCUCUCUCUUCUCAGACCUGCAAAGCUUAAGAUCCAGGAGAAAAGGAGGGUUUUUAAAUCAACGACAACCAUUCAAUUUCAUUAGAUCCGUAGUCAACGUUUACAAAUUUUCUCGUC